AUGGACUUUUUGGAAGAUUCCCUGCCACAGCCGAAGCAGGAUGUCAAUUCAGUCUUUGGGGACGUUGAUGCACCAACACAGACGACAGCAACGGAAGGAGCGGCAGCAGCGUGGCCUGCCCAUGUGCCGCCCGAGGUUCUCCAGGGUAGUAACACCGACGAUUUUUUGUCCGGUGACAGGGCAUCGCUUGCGUCACCUAUUGAAACAGAAACUAAUGGUUAUGGUGUGACCGAAGCCGUUCAAAAGGAAAUCGAGAAGCGGACACAAGAUAUAGAUGCGGAAUCUAAGAAAAAGGCAGAUCUCCAGACAGCUGCUGCAGAAUCAUACAUGAGGCAAGUCAAGGUCCAACAUGAGACGAUGCUCAAGGAGAGGAAGUCAGAAAACAUGCAACAACAAAAAUCAAAUGAAGCGAUGCGAAAUGAGUUUAAGAAAAAUGGUGCAGUUUGGAACAGCGUGGGGUUGAUGACUGACCUCAACAAGGCAAAUAAGUAUUCUAAGAGUACAGAGCGCAUGAGGACUAUUUUGAAGAAACUAAAUGAUACAAACCAGAGUGAAACAUCACAGCCUUAG